AUGACGACUGAAAGAAGCUCAACUGGAUCACAGCAUCCAAAACGACUCGUGUUUGCGCCAGGUGAUAUCUCAGGGCCAAACGAUGCCGGACAAGACAUCCACAACAUCAAGUCCGCAGCCACUCACCUGACUGAGGGCGUUUCACGAUCCGACACAUCGACGCCGACCUCGGUGAUGCAACAAGAGCUCGUUUCGCAUCCAGCCCGCGCGCACCAAUUCGUUAUCAACCCGCCAUUGACGAUCGCUCAAUUGCAUCCCACGAACCCUCUCCAUCAGUUUCAUCGCUGGUUUAAGGAUCCACGAUUACCUCGUUCAUCGGCACCCGAGACGUGUACGUUGGCUACGGCGUCUUUACCAUCGGGUCGCGUGAGUGAUCGUGUGCUUUACUUUAAGGAGCUUGAUGAGCGGGGUUGGGUUAUAUACAGUAACUGGGGAAGUAAAGAAGGCAAAGGCCAGCAGAUUUUCGGAAGCGGGUUCGCUGUAUCUGCAGAUGGGAGUACACCCGGCGGUAUCCACGAAGCCGCUGCUCUAAAUGAGGGGAAUCGAUGGGCAGCCUUGACAUUCUUCUGGUCGCUAGUUGAGCGUCAGGUCAGAAUCGAAGGCUUGAUAGAGCCCCUACCCCGAGAAGAGAGCGAAUUAUACUGGCGCACCAGGGAAAGAGGCAGUCAAAUCGGCGCCUGGGCCAGUUGGCAGAGUAAAGUAAUGUGGUCAGCCGACCCCGGCACUCUCCCACCACCAGAGGAACUGCAACAAGCCGACUACGAUGAUGGAAGAAAGGCGCUUGAGGCACGCGUCAAGGAGAUGGAGGCUCGGUUUGCGGGUGUCGAAAAGAUUCCGUUACCGCCGUUUUGGGGAGGCAUUCGAGUUGUUCCUGAGUCAGUGGAGUUUUGGCAAGGGCGCGCGAGUAGACUUCAUGAUCGGUUUAGAUAUUUAUUGAGAUGGAAGCCUGAGGCAUCAGGAUCUGUGGUCCUUUAUCACGAGCUUAUCGACAACAUCAUCCGAACCUACGUACAUUCAUCCCAUGGAAACAACGAAACCGCAGCCUAUCAAAGUAUAGAAAAUUCGGAAACUGAAACUGACCACACCCAAUCGCCGCUCACAGGUCCGUCCGAAUUAAUCGGAUAUCCUCAAACCAUGUCAUCUACCAGAGGACCUUCCCUCAGGAGCUCACUUACGCUUACACGAUGGGUUACACUCGCAAUCGCCAGCGGCGCAUUCGCAGCUCUCAAUGGAUUAUUCGCGAAACUGACAACGACUGAAGCCACCGGAUCCGCCGCAACCAGCAUCGCGCACGCCUUAAACCUGCCCGAGGGAAUGGUCGAAAUCAUUGUUCGCGCUAUAUGCUUCGGCCUCAAUCUCCUCAGCAACUUCAUAAUGUGGGCACUCUUCACCCGCGCCCUGACCGCCGCACCCUCCACAACAAAAGUAUCGAUCACAAACACCUCUGCAAACUUUCUAGUAACUGCGGUUCUGGGUAUGAUUGUCUUUAGUGAAAGGGUAGGCGGGUUGUGGUGGUUGGGCGCUGUUAUGAUGGGUGCAGGAUGUAUUCUUGUGGGGAUGAGGGAUGAGAAUAAAGAUACUGAUGGUAGAGGGCAGGGACAAGGGCAGGGAAAUGGUGACAAUGAUGAGGCGGAGGAGACGAUUACGUUGAGAGAGGAAGGGUUUGAUGAUGCGGGUGUUUCGGGGGCUCAUGCUGAGCCGUAUAGGGAUGAGUGA